AUGCACCACAGUUGUCUUGAGUUGUGGUAUUCGUAUCCACAUUCACGCAAUUGUCGCACACAUAACACUUUACGGAAUACACUUGAAAUUAAAGAAAAGAAACCGCGUUCAACAGAUGAUGAUGAUAAUAAUAAUGAGAAUAAUUUCAGGCGUGGUUUAGGUAUACUCUGCAGAAUAGUGAAUGAAGCAAAUCACUCAGUUGAUUUCGCGUCUAAUAUUUCAGCGAAUAUUUCCGAAGUAUUAUUAGCUUUCAGAAAUCAGUUUCUUCAUCCUUUAGACUGUGUUAACUUUGAAGCACACACAAUGUGUUGCACUAAUUAA